UGCAGGAGGCCUCAGGAACAGCAGGUACCCUGGCAGGGGAGCCAGGGCGGUGGGGCUUGUGGCACGAGUUGCUCGUAGGCUUGCGGGAGCGAGGUGUAGUGGGCCCUUUCUGCAAUACCUGCCCUGGCACAGCUACCUCACGGUUAGGGAUGGCCUCCUGCAUGGACUGAAGUAAUGGCCCUCCCUCCGGCCCUGUUCCCCUUGCAGAGGAUCCCCUCGCAGCUGCCAUGGCCAGCGGCAGAGAUUCGGAUGGCGAGCAGGCGGUGCCUGAGGAGGAGAGUGAGGGACAGGACGUGAAGGCCGUGCAGGCCCACUAUCUUCGCAGCCCCUCACCCAGCCGGUAUUCAGUGAUAUCGGACACCGAUACAGAGAGCAUCUUCAUGGAGCCAAUCCAUCUGUCAUCUGCUGUGGCUGCCAAACAAAUAAUCAAUGAAGAACUGAAGACAAAGGAUGCCAGGGUAGAUUCAGUGUGUCCCAGGAUGUUAGAGUCUGCGCAGCAGCUGAUGGUGGAAGACCUGUACAACCGAGUUAAGGAGAAGAUUGAUGACACCAGCUUGUUUAACACACCGUGUGUGAUGGACUUGCAGAGGGCACUUGUGAAGGACAGGCUGGAGACCCCCAGGGAUGCUGUGGAUGAAGUCUGGCCUAAUGUUUUCAUAGCAGAAAAAAGUGUUGCAGUGAACAAAAGCCGCUUGAAGAGACUGGGGAUCACUCAUGUCUUGAAUGCAGCCCACGGCACAGGUGUAUACACAGGGCCAGGGUUCUACAACGGGCUGAAUAUCCAAUACCUGGGCAUCGAAGUGGAUGAUUUUCCAGAUAUGGAUAUCUCCAAACACUUCCGCCCUGCUGCAGAGUUCCUUGACGAGGCACUGCUGACUUACAGGGGCAAAAUCCUCGUCAGCAGUGAAAUGGGAAUCAGUCGCUCAGCUGUGCUGGUGGCUGCUUACCUGAUGAUCUACCACCAUAUGACCAUUCUGGAGGCUCUAAUGACUCUGAGGAAGAAGCGUGCCAUUUACCCCAAUGAUGGCUUUCUGAAACAGCUGAGGGAGCUCAAUGAGCAAUUGUUGGAGGAACGAGAGUCGGAGCAUACUGGAGAUGAAGAAGUCACUCCUAGUCAAAGUCCAGUUGUUUGUGCAGGGACUUCAUCCCGGCUGUCUGGAGUGGGAGACUCAGAAAGCAUCAUGGGAGCCAAAGCUCACUCCAUCACAGUAGAAGAAGAGGACGCCAGCAGCCUGCUUGAUAGUCUUAUGAGCUCUUCAUCAGUGGGAAAAACUAGCCGCGUUUCCAAACGCUCCACCCUCAUCAGUGAGGAGGAAGAGGAAGAGUUGUAUGAGGAAUGGAGGAAGAAACAAGGCCUGCCUGCAAAGGAACCAGGAGUUAACCAUGGGAGAACAUCUCCAAAUCUUCUAAAUCAGGAAGGGGAACAAUCUGAGGAGGAUGUUGAACAGAGGAUCCAUGACUGGCAGCGCAGAAAUGAGAAAUACCAGAUGGAGGGUCCAUCCAGGGAGGAGAAUGGAGAUUAUGGCAUAGGAGGAAGACCUUACCAAUCAGGGGAAUUCAGUGAUGUUGAGAGUGUGAGCAGUUUUGAGAUCCGAACCCUAAAACAACAGCUGGAAGCCAGUAGCUUUAGCAGGAUGAGGAGGAGCCGUACAGGUUCUAUGUCUUCAGAGAGCACUUGGGACAUGUGGAACCAGAGGCUUCUGGAGAUUGAGAAAGAAGCUGCUCAGAGAUAUCAUUCUAAGAAUAAAAAAUGUGGUGAGAGACAGUCUCCAGAAGAAGGAAGAAAGGAGAGGGAUGUGGAUGAGGAGAGCGUGUUUUCAGACAGUAGUUCCUUUUACAAUUUCUGCCAAAGGAACAAAGACAAGUUGACACCUCUAGAAAGGUGGAAGGUCAAGAGGAUCCAGUUUGGCUUUCACAAGAAGGAUUUAGACCCAUCAUCGUCUUCUGCACCAUCUCCAGCAGAAGAUGGCAACCAUGAAGGUGAGGAGGGGACAGAAGGGAAGAGUUUGUCAGAUAUUAACCUGAGUGCUUACCAGGCUUGGAAAAUGAAGCGGCAGAAGAAGGUGGGCAGUGAAAGCAAGGAGGAAUUUGUGGAGUUUGCCAAAGGCGAGGAUUCUGCUUCAGCUAAAAAGAAGCAGAGGCGUGCAGAGCUCCUUGAACGUUCAAAGAAAAUCUUAGAGGAAAGCCAGUCCAUGUGCAGCUGGGAGACAGACAGUAUGAUGAGUGGGAGUAUUCCGCUGUCAGCUUUCUGGUCCUCAGCACCUUCUGCAAGCGGUGCCGAGGAUGCAGCUUCUGCGCUGAGCAUGCAGACAAGUCACUCAUCUUUAUCACAGACAAGGAGCAGCAUGGGGGCAGCACAGCCUCAGGUGCCAAGUACACCCCUUCCCAAUCUCCCAGUUGGCCCAGGUAACUCAAUAUCCAUGGCAAGCAUUCAGAACUGGAUCGCUAACGUGGUCAGUGAAACCAUUGCCCAAAAGCAAAAUGAGAUCAUGAUGCUGUCUCGUCCAUCAUCUGCGAUGGCCUCCAGCGUCAUGUCAGGAGACCUUGGCAGGCGUGUAGAUGAUGAUAAGGUUUCUCUUCUCAGUGCUCAGAGUGGUUCAUCUCUUGCUACCUCACACCUUCGCCAGCAGGACCUGCACAGGGCUGAGUCUCAGUCUGUCCUGUCUUGUAAUACCUCAGUGAGCACAAGGUCAGAAGGGGCUAGUUCAAAACAGACAAGCAAACCAUUGUACAGCCUCUUUGCUGAUGAUGUUGACCUAAAGAAACUCAGGAGGAAGGAGAAGGAGAUGCAAAUGGAAAUGAGAGAGAAAAUGUCAGAUUAUCAGGUUGAAAAGGUGAUCAGAGACAAUAAACGCAGCACCUUAUUUAAAAAAAAGAUGACCAAAGGAGAGGAAAAUGAAACAGAUGACAGAGAGAGAACCAGGCGCCCCUUGCAAGCAGAUCUUGACAGAACUGAUACAGUCUUUGAUGUGUCCAGUCAACCUGCAGAGGUAGAGACUGACAUUACCAAGUGGCUCAGUGGCCUGAAAGCAGAAAGAGAACCACCAUCAUAUUAUGAUCAAAGUGAGAAGGCCAGAGAGAGAUACAGCAGAUCAUCCAAAAUUAGGGAGAUGGACUCUGAAACAUCCAGUUACAGAUUCUCCAGAUCCCAGAGAGAAGAGCUAGACAGCUGUUCUUCCUAUGAGUCAAAAGGAGAUUCACUGAGAACCAUGUCAAGAUUUUCCUCCGCUUCUGCAAAAGAGGACAAAAAGAUGUACAAGUUCACAAAAUCAAGGGUCAGUGAGACAACAAGUUCCAGAGAAAGGAGCCCAGAGAUGCAUGUUUUCAGAUCAACACCUGAACCAUCCUUUGACUCUGAAUCCCCUGAACCAUCUACACAGAGUCGAGUCAGAUCUCAUCACAUGGAGGCGUGUGAAGAGGAGGCCAGGUCAGACAUGUCAGAAUUUGGAGCUAAGAGAAAGUUCACCCAGAGCUUUUCAAAGUCUGAAGAAGAUGGAAAGAAGGAGGCAAAAGUGGAACAAAGUGAAGAAAGAUUUGCAUCUAGACAGUUCUCUCAGUACAGGCGAAGUGUGCGUAAAGAAGAGGAAGAAGAGAUGGAUGAUGAUGCCGUUAUCGCGGCUUGGAGAAGCAGGCUAGAAGAAACUACGGCAAAGCUCCGUCGGCGAAGGGAAGAGUGACCAAGAUCAGAUUAUACGAAUACAAGCAGAGACACAAAGUCCUCAAAUCACUCAUCAUUAUAUUUCUGAUAAUCCUUUGUGGUUUGUAGGGCAUUUCCUGCAGAUAGUUCUCUUGUUAAUCAAAAGCGAUAAAGGGAAGAGGUCAAGUUUUGGAAGUGUUUGUGGUUCGUCAGAAAGAAGAUGCUAGUAUUAAAUGAUCAAUGUAGGUAGGAACACAAUGUUAGAAGCCAUUAGGAGCCAGACGAUGUUUCAGCAGCGAAAGCAAGUAAUGGUGGCACCUCAAGUCAAAAGACCAAUCACAUCCCAUUUUGGUUAUUUCAAUUUGCUAGUCUCAUUAAGUGCUGGAUGUUUUUUUUAUAGGUUCUUUUUGAUCACAAAUGGAAGAAGCCAACAGCCUUUUCUAGGAACUUGAAGAAUGUUCCUCUCUUAAUCAGUUUUACUUUAUAUUAAGAAGGUAUUGCCAGGUAGGCUCCAUUUUCUGCACCAGUCUUAUGAAUGUCUGUAGAAAUAAGACAAUUCAGGGAAAUACAUGUACCAGUUUACUUCACUAAGUAGCAGAAGCAAAGGGAAAUACUAGAAAAAAAAAAAGUCUCCUUCUUUUUAGAAGUUCAGUGCAGUAAUGGAUGUAUUCCUGCGGUACCAUUGUUUUCUAUUAGAUGGAGUCAUCCAGUAUAGCUGGUUCCUGAAAAUAGCUUUAGGUCAACAAAGGAAAAAUCUAGCAAUAUUAACAGCUGCCUGAAAAUUAUGUUCUGAUGUAGUUAAAGAGAUGGAGUCAAGGUUAGUGUUAGUGUUAGGGGUUUCUGAAGUGCUGGCUUCAGUUUGUUUUAUGUAUGCAGCUCAACUAAGUCUGGGGUUUUAUUUCUAUAGUCAGAUUGUCAUGUAUUAAUUUUCAACAUGAUUGCCUGAAAAGACAAGAGUAACACACAAACUGACCUCAAAAUAAAAUGAUGUAUAACUAAA